CGCGAGAGCUCCCGCCCGACCCAGGCCAAGCAAAAUCCCUUCGUCUCAAGAUACUCACCUGAAAACCAAGGCUAGACACCACGAACCAGAGCAUUACAAUGGCCACCAACCCUUCGCCCUCCGCAUCGUCUCCCCGCCAGCGGGUCCGGGACGCCCUGCCCGGCGUCUACCUGGGGCGGCUGGCCCCGGGCCCCAAGAACAGCCUGACCGACGUUCCCGGCGUCCUGGUGUCCACCACCUCCAUCCACGAGCACCCGGGCGCCGCCCCCGGCAGCGUCAACACGGGCGUCACCACUAUCCUGCCGCGCCGGGACUGGUUCGAGCGGGCAUGCUUCGCCGGGAUUUUCCGCUUCAACGGCAGCGGCGAGAUGACGGGGUCCCACUGGAUCGAGGAGUCGGGCUUGCUGCACUCGCCCAUUAUAAUUACCGGCAGCUUCGGCGUCGGCAGCGCGUACAACGGCGUUUACGAGCACGCCGUGCGAGAGCAUGCCGACAGCCGCGGGGCCGUCGAUUGGUUUCUGACCCCCGUCAUCGCCGAGACGUACGACGGGUUUAUGCACGACGUGACAAAGUUUGCCGUGCUGCCUAGCCACGUGGUCGAGGGGAUCGACAGCGCAAGCGACGCCCCUGUCCCAGAGGGAAACACGGGCGGCGGCACCGGCAUGCUCUGCCACUGGUUCAAAGGCGGCACCGGCUCCAGCAGCCGCGUGAUCCCCGGCGAGGCGGGCAGGCAGUACACCAUGGCGGCCCUAGUCCAGACCAACUACGGCCGCAUGGUGGACUUUCGCAUCUCGGGCGCGCCCAUCGGCCGCCUCAUACACGCCGAGCAGGAGCGCCUGGCCAGAACGGACCCGACCAACCCGGCCUUUAUGGCGCAGUCCCACCUGCUCUUCAAGUCGGCGAUGCGGUCGCAGUCCCGCAGCAAGGGCGGCGAAGGCAGCAUCAUCGUGAUCCUGGCCACGGACGCGCCGCUGCACCCGACCCAGCUGCAGCGCGUGGCCAAGCGCGCCACCUCGGGCCUGGCCCGCGUCGGCGGCUGGGGCGCCAACCAGUCGGGCGACAUCUUCCUGGCCUUCUCGACCGCCGGCGACGGCGUCCCCGUGCAGCGCAAGGACGCCGACCGCGAGGUGCCGCGCGCGCUGCCCGCCGAGUUCGUCGAGGACGCCACCAUCAACUCGCUGCUCGAGGCCGCCGCCGACUGCACCGAGGAGGCCAUCCUGAACGCCGUGUGCAUGGCCGAGACGAUGGAGGGCUUCAAGAUCACGGCUGAGGCUUUGGAUCUGGCCAAGAUGAAGGAGCUUAUGGCUAAAUAUCUGUGAGGGCUGUGUGUAUGUCGCCUGAUGGAAUUGCUUUCAUGCUCAUUAUCGCUCCUAUCCGUGUCCCCAAUCAUUUGGGCAGCGACCAUGCUUCCCCCUCUCCUUCUUUUUGUCAAUAGUCACUGCGCCACCUCACAACAGCAACCAAGCCGUUGAGAACAUUAACUGCCCUAAAUCGACGCUUUGAUGUUAGCGUCUUGAUAUCUGCCUUGCUCUCCAGGCCGCCUGCUGGCUGCAAUGCGUAAAGGCAUUGGACAGGGCCUAGAGGGGGCUUUGGAAAGGAAAGCCUUGUCCGAGUGGUCAGCCGCAGGCGAGAGGAGAAUCAACUCACAGGUCGAGUGCGGCGCCGACAAUAACACCAAUACCGUACUCCCGGUUGCGGACCAGCUUCCAGAGAUCCAGGUUGACGUUUCCAGGGACGACCAGCCUCCAGACAUCCGAGUUGACGUUUCCAGGGAUAAGGGAGGGGUCUAUGUUAUGCGGGACGGCCCAUUCGUCGGCGGUUUCGAGCGCUUGCCGCCAUCGGACGCAUGUAACGCCCAACGUUGCCGCGGUGAGGGCGAUGGAAAGGAUUAUGCUGAAAAACGCUACGGCCCGGGACGAUGAAUGGCAAAGGGGAGCCAGAACCGAGGCAGUCGCCAAAGCCUAGGUAAUGCGCAUAAUAAGCCGCGAGAAGCGUUGGAUGAGUGAAUUUAAAGCAAGGAGAAUAAUGUAAAAAGGUGGCAAAUCACUUACGGUGGAAAGCAACAUGAUAACUGUGUUUUUGAAGCUAGGGACCGGGAUAUCCGAACGCAGGAGGAUGAUGGUGUAGGUGGUGAUGAAGAGCGUGACCAGGGCAAACCCUACUAUCACUUUCGGGCGGGCCGGUUUUUCUGAAGGCGAUACCAUUGUGGAAACUCGGCAGCCCUAAGGGGAAAGCGUGUAUGUUGAAGUGGGAAGCUACGAUUUUGAAGAAACUCAAGUUAAAGUGUUAUGAACGAGAGUGUAAAGGUGGGUGGUGAAGUGGCUGGCAGUAGUUUGUCCAUAGUAUCGGCCGGAUUGAUGUAUUUAAGGAAAGGCCUGCAAAAGAAAGUAACAAUUUGGGCUCGUCCUUGGCUUGGGCUUGUUUCGCUUUGUUCUGUACUGGG